AUGCACCAGACCAUCCGACUGAACCCUGAGAGCCUGAAAAUGUCUGCCUGCAAUGACUUUGUGGAACACAUCUGGAAGCCCGGGUCCUGCAAAAACUGCUUCUGCCUGCGGAGUGACCACCAACUGGUGACUAGCCGACCCCAGCCCAGAGUGGGCAGCUUACCCCCUCCACCCCGACUGCCUCCUAGGCCCGAGAACUGCCGUAUAGAAGAUGAGGGUGUGAAUAACUUGCCCUACUCCAAACCCACUAUCGCAGUAAAGCCCACCAUGAUGAGCUCUGAUGCCUCUGAUGUGUGGACAGAGGCCAGCAUGAAUGCUGAAGGCUCGCAGGUCAGUUGGAGGCGAACAUCCAACAAGCUCCCCCUCUCGAAGCAGGAUGAUCCACCAAGAGCUUAUCUGAGCAGCUUCCGCAGUGCACAGAAGGCUGGUGGUCCCUCUGCCCCCACGGAUGGCAGCUCACGUUGCUCCCCUGCAUAUGCCAUGGUUGGCCUGCAUAGCCUGGAAACGCGGGGGGAAAGGAACAUUGCCUUCCACCCUGUGAGUUUUCCUAGUGACAAGGGUGGUCGAGAGGAUAAACCCACAUUUCCUUACCAAGAGUUGACCUCUACUCAGGAGAGCUUCCGCCAGAAACUGGCCACCUUUGCCGAGAUGGCAUCUAGCUGCACUAAGGGCCCUGGGCCCUACUCUUCUCCACAGUGCCUGAGGGAAUCCCUGCCCUCAGAGGAUGACAGUGAUCAGAGGUGCUCACCCUCAGGGGACAGUGAAGCGGGGGAGUACUGCUCUAUUGUGGAUUGCUGCCCUGGGAGCCCUGGUGCCAAGGACGCCUCACAGGCUGAAGGCUCCAAACGCAAACAUGAUGGGACGGACCGUGUGCCAGGGUGCUGGGAUCAAGCAGUGUGUGGUGGGCCCACAGAGGAGGACAAGCGGGUGUUGGGCUUCCGGAUGGAGUGCUAUACCCAGGACUCAGCAGAGCAUCCAUCCUGCCUGGGGCCCAAGAAGCCAUCCUGUACCUCAGAGACCACCAGCUCUUCAGAUGGCAUCUCAUGUGGGAGCGGUAGCAGUGGCACCAGCAGCCCCUUUGCUCCCCACCUUGAGAGUGAUUACUGCUCCCUCAUAAAGGAACCUGUGCCAGAGAAGCAGGAGAAAGUAGGCUGCCACAUGGUAAACUCUAGCAGAUGCCUUGGGCUGACUAGGGAGGCCCAGUCCCCAGGCCCUUCCAGGGAAGCUGUGCAAUCCGAACCCAUCUAUGCUGAGAGCACCAAGAGGAAGAAGGCUGGCCCAGUGCCUUCUAGACCACAGGCCAAGGUAGAACAGGUAGCAUCUGGUCAGUGCCAGGACCAGGUACGGACAGGUAAUACUUGGGCUGAGAAAACAGCCUGUGGCUGGGGCCAAGACAGGGAAGGCCCAGAUAUGGCCACCCAGGUAGCAGCCACCAUCACUGUCAUGGCAGCCCACCCAGAAGAGGACCACCGAACAAUCUGCCUAAGCAGCCCUGACUCUGCAGUAGGGGUGCAGUGGCCCCGAGGGCCUGUGAGCCAGGACUCUGAGGCAGGUGAAGAGGAGACAUCAGCUGAGCAGGGGCUGAGCUCCAGGGAAAGCCACCGUCAGGAUGUAGGUGAGAGUACACCCAAGGGGAAGCCUGCCAUCCCCCCCAAGCUAUCCAAGAGUAGCCCUGGAGGGUCCCCUGUGUUGCCAUCUGCCUCCCCACUGACUGACCUCAGCAAGGGUAGCUCCAGCAGUGGCACUGGGCCCCAGCCUUCAUCCAGAAGCCCUGCUGACCUUGCUUCUUCCUGCAGUACAAAUGGUGUUACCACCAAUGAACUUGUCAGGUGCCUACCCCCUACCUCCACUACUGCCUCUGCUACCAACCUGGACCAGAGGCGACCCAGGUACCAGACUGGUGCCUGGAGUCGUCAGUGUCGUAUAGAGGAAGAGGAGGAGGUGGAACCAGAAUUGUUGAGUCAAGGCUGGGGCAGAGAAAUGGAAAAUGGCACUGGAGACUGUUCACACUCUUCAACCUGGCACCGGCUCCAUCCAACAGACGGUUCCUUUAGGCAGAACAGCAAAGCUGGGACCGGAAUGAGCAAAUCAGCUUCUUUUGCCUUUGAGUUCCCCAAGGACAGAAAUGGAAUUGAGGCAUUUUCACCUCCACCCCCACCUCCAAAGUCGAGGCACCUUUUAAAAAUGAACAAGAGCAGCUCUGAUUUGGAAAAAGUGAGUCAGGGCUCAGCAGAGAGCCUCAGCCCAUCCUUCAGGGGCAUCCACGUCAGUUUCACCACUGGAUCCACAGACAGCCUGGCCUCGGACUCCAGGACCUGCAGUGAUGGAGGACCAUCCUAUGAGCCAACUCACUCACCCACCAACAGUGGGAAGAAACUCUUUGCUCCUGUUCCAUUCCCUUCGGGUUCCACUGAGGAUGUGUCCCCCAGUGGCUCCCUGCAACCCCCUCCACUCCCCCAGAAAAAGACUGUGAGCAGGGCAGCCUCCUCUCCAGAUGGCUUCUUCUGGACCCAAGGCUCUUCCAAACCAAGAGCAGCAAGUCCCAAGCUGAACCUCAGCCACUCUGAAACCAACGUCUGUGUCCAUGAAGAGUCUCACUUCAAUUACUCCUCAAGCUCUGGGAACCGCCACCAUCAUGUUUUCUCCUCUUCUGAGCCCCUGGAGAAAACUUUCAAAGGCAACGGUCAUUGGGCCCCUGCAGUAGGGUUGGCCAGUGGCAAAAGCAGCUGUGGGAGCCCCAGCCUCCAGUCCAAAGGGGCCCCCUCUGCCUCUUCCUCCCAGCUGAGUGUGUCCAGCCAGGUCUCCACUGCCAGCUCCCAUCUGCAGCUGCACAGCCUCCUGAGUAGCAUUAGCAGCAAGGAGGGCACCUACGCCAAGAUGGGAGGCCUCUUUGCCCAGUCCCUUCUCCGCCUCGUAGCCAAGUGUGAGGACCUGUUCAUGGGUGGCCAGAAAAAGGAGCUUCACUUCAAUGAGAACAACUGGUCGCUCUUCAAACUGACUUGUAACAAGCCCUGCUGCGACUCAGGGGAUGCCAUUUAUUACUGUGCCACCUGCUCUGAAGACCCUGGCAGCACCUAUGCUGUGAAAAUCUGCAAAAGCCCUGAGCCCAAAGCAGCCUCGUACUGCAGCCCCUCUGUGCCUGUACACUUCAACAUCCAGCAGGACUGCGGCCACUUUGUCGCCUCCGUGCCCUCCAGCAUGCUCAUGUCUCCCGAUAUGCCCAAGGACCCUCUGCCUGCCCUGUCCUCACACCCUCCUGCCCAAGAGCAGGACUGCGUGGUGGUUAUCACCCGAGAGGUGCCCCACCAGACUGCUGCUGACUUUGUGCAAGACUCAGCCACCAGCCAUCGGGCCCAGCCCGAGGUUUAUGAGCGGCGCGUGUGCUUCCUGCUUCUGCAGCUCUGCAACGGGCUGGAGCAUCUGAAGGAGCACGGGAUCAUCCACCGGGACCUGUGCCUGGAGAACCUGCUGUUGGUGCACUGCACACCCCAGGCCUCCCAGCCAGCCACCCUCAGCCAGCCCACUUCCAGCCCAGCCCCCAUUUCCUCCGCUGCCGCCUCCAGUGCCCCUCCCAUAACCACAGUCACUGCCCUCACUGCUACUCCUUCCACUUGCUCGUCUACCACCCUCCCAACCAAUGUCACUCCCAGCCUCCCAGCUGCCCCCACCUGUCGAGGAAUGCCAGGUGAGAAGCACUUGCCCCGGCUCAUCAUCAGCAACUUCCUGAAGGCCAAGCAGAAGCCAGGCAGCACCACCAACCUGCAGCAGAAGAAGAGCCAAGCCCGGCUAGCGCCUGAGAUCGUGUCUGCCUCCCAGUACCGCAAAUUCGAUGAGUUCCAGACAGGCAUCCUCAUCUAUGAGUUGCUCCACCAGCCCAACCCAUUUGAAGUGCGGGCCCAGCUUCGGGAACAGGACUACCGGCAGGAAGACCUGCCCCCACUGCCCGCCCUGUCCCUCUAUUCACCUGGCCUGCAGCAGCUUGCCCACCUGCUGCUGGAGGCUGACCCCAUGAAGCGCAUCCGUAUCGGUGAGGCCAAGCGUGUGCUGCAGUGCUUGCUGUGGGGGCCACGGCGGGAGCUGGUAGAGCAGCCAGGCUCCCCUGAGGCGGCACUGUGCAGCACAUUGCAGAACUGGAUCGACAUGAAGCGGGCUCUAAUGAUGAUGAAGUUUGCAGAGAAGGCAGUGGACCGAAGGAGAGGGGUGGAGCUAGAAGACUGGCUCUGCUGCCAGUAUCUGGCAUCUGCAGAGCCUCGAGCCCUCUUACAGACACUGAAGCUCCUGCAGCUUCUGUGA